UCCACAAAAAGAGCUACAAUAUUUUUAACGCAAUCAAUUUUCAUCAAAAUUUUCAAUGUCUUUUUUUUGCGUUGAAAUACGCUUACUAUGGUUUUACAUCAACAUUUUCUGGCUAUAACUACAGAAAAAGAAUUUUCAAAGAUAUGUAUAUUAUAACACAAUAAUGGACAGGGUAUCUAUGGUGUAUGCGUAAUAUUUGUACUUACUUUGUACAGGCAUUCAAAAGUACUUCUUCGAACAACUAUUUCGAUUACUUAACGCAAAAACAUGAAUCUAAUCUAUAGGUAUACGUGAUGUCAGUCAUUUCAUGUUUUUUGGCCAGUUGUUUUCUAAAUUAUACAAUCUUUUUUAAAUAUUGUUCAUCCAAACAGGGAUGCUAAAGUUUGUUCUUUUUAAAUUGAUUACAAAAAAAAAUUAUUUAGUCUUUCACUAAUUACCACUAGAUUGAGUAAGCCCUGAAGUAUGAUAAGAUCUACAAUUCAAUUCAUGAUUGAAUCUCCAAAUCAUAAGCUCAUUAUGAAACCAUCAAAAGCUACUAAAAAAGAUCAUUCUUAUAAUGAGCUUCUUACAUUCAGUUUGGUUGUGAAAAUGUUAACAAGAACUCAUUUUUAUUCGCUUUUAGUUUUAGUAUUUUUAUUCAGUCCUUUUGAAGCAGUAAGUUUAUGAUUCAGAACAAGGAUUUCAAUUAUUCAUUGCAUUUCAUUACAUUUCAGAGUAAUUUCAUCAUAGUUUUUGAUGAAAUAAAAUGCAGUAUCGACAAUAUUGACUACAUUGAAAAAUCAUAUUGUUAUAUUGACAAAACUGGAGAAUUCAUGAAUGCUGACAUUCAAAUGAAAAAAGAAGUUCAAGAAAUGCGUUUUGAUUUUGCUAUUUAUGUUAUAAAAGCUGAUAAAAGUGUAUUAACAGCAUUCAAAGCUGAUGGAGUUAAUUAUUGUACAUUAAAACAAGAUUCAAUUAUUGUUGCACCUCUUUUUAAAGUACUAUUUGAUUCGCUUGAAAAAUCUGGAAAACUUCCAAAAGGUUGUCCGAUUCCAGCAGACUAUCAUUACAGAUACUAUAAUAUGUCUGUUAAUACUGAUUUGUUACCAGCUAAUAUACGGAAAUUGGGUUUUAAAACUUCUCUUGUUUAUUAUAAUAGAAAAACACGAUUCUUAAGCAUAUCGACUAUGGGAAAAGUAAAUCCUACCAAAAUAAAGAAUAAAGGCCGCAAAAGCUCUUAA